AUGAUGGUAGGGCAGAAGCCUCCUCUCCCCCCUAGAAGGCAGCCAAACACCUCUGCAGGCGAGCCACAGUCUGCAGUCUCGGUUGGGCAAAGCACUCAAUAUCUUUCCCCAGCAGGUCCCUCAUCUCCUAGCAUCCGCCCAGCAGACAAACAGAACAGCCCUUAUUCAGGUGGCCUACAUGAUCCUCGAGCCUCAUCCACACAGUCUCUCCGCCCAAUUGAAUCUGCUACAAGCACUGGCCGACGUACGCUGCUUAUCAUCUAUAUCCAUGGGUUCCUUGGGGACGAAACCAGCUUUCAAAGUUUUCCUGCUCACGUCCAUUCUUUGAUAACCGCAUCCUUGGCGGAGACCCAUGUUGUCUACACCAAGAUCUAUCCUCGAUAUAAAUCUCGGAAGAAUGUCUCGUUUGCCAAAGACGACUUCAGCAACUGGCUCGCACCACACGAAUCCGAAACGACUGAUGUAAUUUUAGUUGGACACAGCCUCGGUGGCAUACUUGCGGCUGAAGUUGUUCUGAUCCCAUCGCACAGACCCGGAAGCAAUGAAUUCUUCCAGCACCGCUUCCUGGGCCUGAUUGCUUUUGAUGUGCCCUUUCUUGGAAUGCAUCCAGGUGUCGUUGGCACGGGUAUUGCCAGUUUAUUCCGGGCCCCUCCUGAGCUUCCCGAAAGCCCACGACCGACUGAGGCCCCCUUUGCAGGACCAUUCUCUCCUUUAGAUCCUAACUUCAACCCGACAUAUUCAAAUGAUGUACAUCUGGCUAAUCGACAGGGGAAACUUCAACGAGCCUGGUACUUUUGGAAUAAGCAUGCCGGCGAGUUGAUGAAAGCCACAGGCCAAUAUGUUUCGUCACACGUUGAGUUUGGUGGAGUUCUAGCUGACUAUCCUGGACUGAGAAGACGAUACAACGAGAUUCGUGCCUUGGAAGAUGUGGACGAGCUAUUGCGACCCAGAGCUCCUAAUGGUCGCUUGAUGAGACGUGUCAGGUUUGUCAACUAUUACUCCGCAAGCAGUGGAAGAAUCAAAGAGCGGUCACCAUCCCCACCACGGCCAGGCUCGCUCUUGGAACCACCCAGUAGUACGACCGAGAUGGAAACCAUGACCAGACGCUCUUCUGAAGACGGCACAGAUCGUAGCCUUACCGUUCCACCAUCACCCAGUCCACGACUCUCCCUCGAAGAGCAUCGAGACGGCGAAGUCAUAACCAAAGAAAUUGCUGAGCUCAACAUCGACCUGGAUCCUCCAGCCCACGAAGUAACACCGGUAUCUACAGUAUCUACAACCUCUAGCGCAUUUCCCGGUGACAGUGUAGAUACCUCAACCCUCAUUCCAAUGCCAUCACAGUCAACACUAUCUGUAACGUCGUCCGAGUCAAUACAGCGAUUAGGCCAAUCGAACGAGGAUGGCCUGCCACCGUUACCGCCGUUGCCAGUGCCCCCUCCUAGCUUCGAUCCGUCGCCUUAUAAUGACGAGGAUGCCAUGAAACUCGCUCGAAAGGAGCACGAGCGUGAGAUAAAAGCGUACGAGAGGGCCAUGAAGGAUAGGGCUAAGUCGGUCAAAGACCGGGAGAAGUUCAUUCAAAAACGACAACGAGAUGCCGCGAAGAGGGAAGAAAAGGAAGCCAACCAAAUCAAGCAAGAUGAGCUCCGAACCCAGAAGGAGCAACUGAAAAGAUCAUCCACUCUUAACCCAGAAGAGUAUGACAAAUACUUGAAGCAGCAGACCGAUCUGGAGCAGUCCGGCUCACAGAUUCCCAGGAAGCAGAAAGAUCGCAAAUUCUGUGCGCUUCCUGGCAAGGACUCAAGCACUGGAAAGAGGGAUCCAACUUGGAUCAGAGUGUACAUGGAAGGAGUGGAUGAAGUGGUCGCACAUACGUCCAUGUUCAAGACGAAUGAGACUUAUGUCAAAAUGGUGGGAGAUACUGCUGAAAGAAUAGAAAGGUGGGUGGCCGACGAUGCGACGAAACGGUUAUUGCUGGCAGAGCUGCGGCAGGCACCGCAAUGA